AUGAAGUCCUUUGAGAGACUGGUGUUGUCCCACCUGAAGGUCAUCACUGGCCCCCUGCUGGACCCUCUGCAGUUUGCCUACCGGGCUAAUAGGAGGCCUCGUCACUGGCUGAGGAGAUUAUUUAGAAAAAACAAGACUGGGGAUGCUGGUAUACCUGCGAUCCUGGAGCCAAGCCCUGUGUCAGGGGACGUCCCUCAGAUCUCCAGCACAGUAAAGGAGGUUCCCUGUCUGGACACCCCAGGCCCUCUAGUCACCCUAGCUACCCUGGAGUCCUCCACACUGGUCACCCCGGCCUCCCCAGAAACCCCAUCUCCCGGGGCACCCCAAGGAGAGGAGGUCCCCAGCCCGGACACCCCAAAAGGCUGUGACCUCCUGGACCAGUUAAUGGUCCAACUCGUGGAGGAGAGCCGGUCCCCAUCAAGGGGCCGUAAAAAGAGGGCCAGGUCAGCCCCUGUGGCCCUCCUCAUUGCCCCGGAGGCCCCAGAGAGAAAGCCGCAUGUUCUCCCGGCCCAGCAGUUGAAGUGCAGGGGGCUGCCUAACCUCGGACAGACCUGCUAUAUCAACUCCACCCUGCAGUGUCUGUUCGCUCUGCAGCCCCUCUGCAUCCAGCUGCUCCUGCAGGAGGAGACAUGGAGGCAGGAGCCCUCAGCACUGCGCCUCAGGUAAGUACUCAUAUACUCACACACACACGCACUCAUAAACACUCCCCUCACCCCCCUCCCUCUCUACAUAGCUCCUUUGUGUGUCUCUUGGGCCUGAGGACAUCCACGGACAGGGUGCUGAAGGACUGCAUCGCCCUGCGCAACCAUGAAUUCGAGGGGAACUCACAGAACUUGACAAAACACACACAUGAAAUCAGAUGCUGU